GGGAGGAAGAAAGGGGAUUUUAUUUUCCCACGGCUGGUCCAGGCCUGUUGGCUGAUGCAUCCAGAGCAUGUAGGCCGGACUGCCUUCAGCACUGACACAGUUUGUGAUUCCCUGUGGGGGUAUGAGAGAGUCUUAGAUAGAGUUUCCUCCUGGUGCCACCAGUGUUAUUAAUAAACACAAAGUGUGCCUCUGUUUUCCUAGAGACAGACACACUGCAGAGUUAAAGUUAAAAGCUGUUCACAGCUCCUCGGACCGUCAUCUCCAGACAAACUUGACUCUUGUCCAUGGACAAUCAAUCAUCAGCAGAGAAUGGGAAAGACACGCCAUCUACUGAGGACUCACACGUUAGAUUUGUUGAGGAUAUCACAAACUCUGACACAGAGACAGUCAUUCCUCUAGAUGAGUGUGCACCACAUCCCGGCAUACAAAUGGACCAGGCAGUCAUGGACAGCUUGGGGCAACUUUUCGACCACUGUAUCCAGCAAGUGUCCCAGCUAGAGAUGCAGAGGAACGAGCUGAUCCGAGAGCUCCUCCGCCUGCAGGAGCCCAUGCUGCGAGUGGUGGAGCACCUGAGAGGGAAGCUGGUGGAGAUGCAGAGGAUGCUCACUCUGGCUCAGCUGGAUUAUAUUGCUGUUCAUGAGGAAGUACAGCAGGUGAAGAGGAAGCUGUUUGUCACGGCCAGAGACUGCAUCCAGAGCCAGGUAACACUGGCUGCACACGAAUAUGAGGUGGCUCAGUCUGCUGUCACACAGGAGGAGCUCAAGGCCCACAUCCAAAGCCUGAACCAGGAGUUGUCCAAGCUCCGGGAUGCCUACAAGAACCAGCUAAACUCCCUGAGAGACCAGGCCACUAAGCCCUCCAGGCCCAGGGCCAUGAGUGACGUCAGCCAGUGUCGGCAGGCUUCUGUAAGACUGCAGCGGAGGCUCAGCGGCAGCGUGCAGGCACUGGAGGGCUGGUAUGAGCCUCGGCUCCUGAUGCUGCUGAAGAGAAGGCAGAUAGGGGAGGAUGCCUUGAGGAAGAGCAGGGAACAGGCGAUAGACCUGAGGGCCAGCUUGGGGCCCCUGAAAGAGGAUCUACAGAGGCUGGACUUGCAGAGAACCUGUCUGGAGCAGAGGAUCUCGCUGAUGGAGAGAGAGAGGGAGGAGAGCGUCACCCAACACAAGGAGACAGUGGAGACAUUAAAAGAUACUCUGAGGGAAUUACAAGUGGAGUACGAGGUUCAAAGAAAAUCUAAGAAAGAUUUGGAGGAGCAAAAGGAUGGACUUUUAAGAGAGCUGAAAUCUCUGAAAGGCUGUGAUGAAUCGAGUGAAACUACUGCAGAGGAGGAUCCCUAAUUUAGUCUCCAAUGGAUAUUCUUAAACUGAUUAUCUACACCAGACCAAAUUACAGCACUGAAUUUACGUUGAACGUAAUUAGUCAGAUAAUUUACCUGUUCCAUCUCAUUUACAUAUCAGCUCAUACUUUACGGGAUAUUACUCUUAUGUGACAACAUCUGCUCUGCCAAGAAACAAAACACAAAAGACUCACUGUAAAUAUUUUAUUACGAAUAUACUUAAGUACACAAACGAACAGAUGCAGCGCAGAAAAACAAACAAAACUGGAAAGAAACACAUACAAGUGACGCAACUCGCAUUCUGGAAAGUGAAUAUUACGAACAUAAAACAAAGAGGAACCUAUAGUAUGUACAAUAUUUAUUAAAAAUGGAUCUCUGUAGAAAUGUCUAAUCCAAGUCUAAUCCGAAUAUUGAUGAACACCUCUGUGAUGCAUGAAGCCAGAGUCGACUUCUGAGAAUCUGAAAACCUAAAAAGAUCUAAAGAAAUUUGACCAGUACAGAUUUAAUUUAAAUACUUCACGAUAUGGUGAUGGCACAGCCUUUUUGUUCUUUAAAGUUUCUACAAAAUCACUGCUGCCCAAAAUGUGUUUUAAAAAGACAUCGCUGAUUGCGCACGCAGCACUGGAACGUGGAUCCAUUUUUAGCAAGCAGGUCAAAUGAAGAGACGUGGAGACUGGACUCAUGCCUGGACCUCUGAAUCUGCAGCACCCUCUGAGUCCUCGUCGUUGUAGAUAUUUUCAGCCUGUUGUAGAAACCAUUCAAAAAUAUAAUCACUAACUGCUUUUAAAUGAUAAUAAAAGCACA